AUGUUAUGUGAAACAAUGACUACAUAUGUUGCUGAAUAUUUUGAAAAAUUAGAAAAAAAAUUAAGAGAAACAAAAUAUAAAAAUCAAAUUGAAUCAUUAAAAGAAACUAUUACUGAAUUAGGAUUAUUAGAAGAAGAAAAAAAUAAUCAAAUUAUACUUUCUGGUCUUGAACAACAAUUAUUAGAUGGUAUUUUAGAUGAAGGUACAUUAGCAAAUCGACAUGAAUGUGAUCGAGAAUUUGUUGAUUCUCUAUUAGAACGAGCAUCAUCGAAAAAUCCAAGAUUAAUUGGAUAUAUGCAACGAGCUGUAGCUUAUCAUCAUGCUGGUUUCAAUAAUAAAAGUCGAGUAGCUGUUGAAGCACUUUUUCGUAAGCGAUAUGUUCAAGUAAUUUUCUCUACGGCAACACUUGAUAUGUAA